CCUCGCCCCUGCUCGCCGCCCGGCGCGGCUCCCUGGCUCGCCGCCCCGCGCCCCAGCUCCCCGCUCUCCCGCCCGCCCACCGCCGCACCCCAGUCGUCUCCUUCUCCCUCCGCACGCAACCCUAGCCGUGUCCUUCUCCCUUUCUCCCAUUCACAACGGCGGCCGCGAGCGAGAGGUGCGGCACGGCGGCGAGGGGCGCGCGCGUGGUGGAGGUGCCGCGCGGCACUGGCCUGCGCGCGUCUCCGUCGAGCGGCGUCUCGACGGUGCCGUAGGCAUGCCCAUCCGCCGGCCGUGCCGCCUCCACGGAGCUCGACGGUGCCCUUUCGUCGGCGGGGAGCGGCUCUUGCACGACGCAUAGUGGGCUUCAGCGCCGCCGCAUUGGACGACGGCAGCCGAAAGCCAAGCCGCCACGAAGCCUUGCGGAACGACUCAUCACCGUAGAGCUCGCCGCCGCCGCCGUGACGCUUCUUGGCCCCCUUCCGCCACUCGAGACCUUCCCUCGCUGACAUCUGGUCGCCGCCGAACCGCCCGAUGGCCCACGACGCCACGUCCGAGCCUGAGGAGGAGUGGUCGGACACCGACCUCGACGACGCCUCGGACACCGAGGUGGGCGACGCCCUGGACUGGCUGGACGCCGUGGAGGGCCCCGACGGCUCGGCGCGGCCCUUCGCGGCGUUCUCUGCUGCCGGUGGCGCAGGCGCGGCGCGCAGGCCCAACGCGCAUGGCGGCGUGGUCUCCCGCCCCCUCCAGCCGCUCUCCAACCGCACCCAGAAGCUCGCCUCACACAUCCGUGCAGCGCCCUUGGAGGAGUGGGAAGGUAGGAUGAACGUGGGGAUGUCCAAUUCGGUAACUACCGCUAUCAGGGAUAGCAUAAGGGAAACAACAAUUGGGAAGAUAAGGAACACGGAGAAGGCUGACCGUGCUACAGUGGAACAGGCUAUUGACCCAAGAACACGCAUGGUUUUGUUCAAGAUGUUAAAUCGUGGUGUUUUUAAUAACAUAAAUGGUUGCAUCUCUACAGGGAAAGAGGCAAAUGUCUAUCAUGCAACAAAGGUGGAGGGUCAGGAAUUAGCAAUUAAAGUCUACAAAACCUCUGUCCUUGUUUUUAAGGAUCGCGACCGGUAUGUUCAAGGAGAUUAUCGUUUUAGGCAUGGUUACUGCAAGCAUAAUCCACGGAAAAUGGUUAAGACCUGGGCUGAAAAGGAAAUGAGAAACCUUCUACGAGUGAGAGCAGCUGGAAUCAGAUGCCCUAAACCGUUGCUAUUGAGGCUUCAUGUAUUGGUGAUGGAAUUCAUAGGGAGAGGAGGUUGGGCUGCUCCUCGUCUUAAGGAUGCUGCUUUGUCAGAUGACAAGUUACGUGAAAGUUACUUUGAGAUAAUUACAACAAUGCGGACACUUUACCAAAAGUGCAAGUUGGUCCAUGGAGAUUUGAGUGAGUACAACAUUCUUUAUUUCGAGGGCCACUUGUACAUUAUUGAUGUUUCACAAUCUGUUGACCUUGAUCACCCUUCAGCAUUGGACUUCUUAAAGGAAGAUUGCUUGCAUGUUUCUGACUUCUUUAAGAAACGAGGCAUUGCAGUCAUGACGGUAACAGAUUUAUUUAAUUUUGUUAUUGACCAAAACAUUGCUGAUGAGGAUGUUGAUGGUUACCUGGAUAAGGUUCAGCAAAAGAUCGUGGAAAACGGUGGUACAAAUACAAAUGAUGAAAUUUGUCCAACAGUCAUGGUGCAAACUUUGGAUUAUGUGAAGCAAUGCGAGGCAGAUUUAGUCAACAUGUCAAUGAUGCAACGCUCAUCCUUUGGUUACGAGCCACCAGCAGAUAAGCUUUAUGACCAACCACUAUUAGGAUUUGUACGGACGAAAAAUGCACACGCUGAAAAUCAGCAAAAACAAUUGCCACAGAAUACAAUGGAAGAAACCUUGGAUCUGCAAAAUAAGUGCUCAUUGGAGGACAAAGUGGAAGAUCAAGAGGACAAUAGUGAAUCUUGCUCAAGUUCUGAUGAAGACAGUUCGUGGGAGGAGGCUCCCAAAAUGGGACCUGAGGAAAGGAAGACUGCUCGGAAAGAGAACAAGAAGAAGGUGAAGGAAGAGAAGAGAGAAGCUCGCAAGACAAAGAUCCCAAAGGCUGAGAAGAAGAAAAGGAAGAAAAUGGCAAAAGCAAAGUGCAAGCGUUAGAGAAAAUGAUUUCACAAAAGUAGUGCAACCAGUAGAGUAUGCGGAAUAGACAUACAUCUGGAAGCUCAGUGCUUCUCCCUAUGAGGCAAACAAGGGGCGCUGAUUUUCCAAUUUAGUUUACCUAUCACUUUUCUGGUUCAUUUUGAAUGUAUACGCAAGAAAUCACUUUUUGAAUAACUUGUAUCAGGGUAUAUUGAACUACAAGAGGCCUUUUAGGAGUGUAAUGCUUCUCCUUAAGUCUUUAAAGAUUGCUUUCUUGGAUUUGCAUUU